AAGGAACGAUGGAAUUGGAAAAGUGGGGUUACGGAGAAAAGAAACGGCUCUUACUCAUCGUUUUUUUUCUUUUUUUACUCUUCCAUUGGGCAUUAGUAUUUACAACUGCCACCCAUUAACAGAGAGGCACCUGCUCUUUAUUUAUUUAUUAUUUCUCUUCUUCUUCUUUUUAUUAUUAUUCUAUUCUAUUUUUUGAUUUAAACGAACUAUUCAAGCUCAAUAUUUCCGUUAAUUGUUUUUUAAGACGAGUCUCUCUCUUCUGGCCUUUUUCCUUUUUAAAGAGAUUGUUUUUCCGGAAGCUGAUCUAUCUGGGUUUUUCAGCACUGAGCUAAAAGAUUUCUCUUCGUUUUAUUUUGUCAAAAAAGGAAUUUUUCCUCCAAAAAAUGUGGUGGAUGAUGAAUGAAGGAGGAGGGCAUUCUUGUUCUAAAAAAACUGAUGACAUCUGUGGAAAUGUUUGUGGCCAGGAAUCAAGCCGGCUGAGCAUGUCAAGAAUCCGCUGUAUACUGCGUGGCAUUGAUUUGAAAACUUAUAUUUUUCUAUUUGUACUGGUCCCAACAUGCAUAUUCGGUAUAUAUGUUCAUGGGCAGAAGAUUUCGUACUUUCUGCGGCCACUAUGGGAAUCGCCACCCAAACCUUUCCAUGAUAUCCCACAUUAUUAUCAUGAGAAUGUGUCAAUGGAGAAGCUCUGCAAACUUCAUGGUUGGGGAAUUCGUGAAUUUCCAAGACGGGUUUAUGAUGCAGUGUUGUUUAGUAAUGAGGUGGAUAUUCUUACUAUGCGGUGGCAAGAGUUGUACCCUUACAUAACACAAUUUGUUCUUCUUGAGUCUAAUUCAACAUUUACGGGAAUUCCAAAGCCUAUGGUUUUUGCUAGCCAUCGAGAUCAAUUCAAAUUUGUGGAGCCCCGAUUGACUUAUGGGACAAUUGGAGGAAGGUUUAAGAAGGGAGAAAACCCAUUUGUUGAGGAGGCUCUGCAGCGAGUAGCAUUAGACCAGCUUCUUAAAAUAGCAGGAAUUUCUGAUGAUGACUUGUUGAUAAUGUCAGAUGUUGACGAGAUACCAAGCAGACAUACUAUCAACCUCCUGCGCUGGUGUGAUGACAUACCUCAAGUUCUUCAUCUCCAGCUGAAGAAUUAUCUUUAUUCUUUUGAGUUUCUUGUGGAUAAUAACAGCUGGAGGGCAUCGAUCCAUAGGUAUCAGACAGGAAAAACAAGGUAUGCACAUUAUCGCCAGACAGAUGAGAUUUUGGCAGAUGCAGGGUGGCACUGCAGUUUUUGCUUCCGCCACAUCAGCGAGUUCAUAUUUAAGAUGAAAGCUUACAGCCAUAAUGAUAGAGUGAGGUUCUCUCACUAUUUGAACCCGAACAGAGUUCAGAGAGUAAUUUGCAAGGGUGCUGAUCUAUUUGACAUGCUUCCGGAGGAGCACACAUUCAAGGAAAUAAUCGGGAAAAUGGGACCUAUUCCUCAUUCCUUCUCAGCUGUUCAUCUUCCAUCAUAUCUUCUAGAGAACGCAGAUAAAUAUAAGUUUCUUUUACCUGGAAAUUGUUUGAGAGAGAGUGGGUGAUUCUUCCAAUAACUUCAGAUGUUUGGUUCUGUAAAGGCUAGUCAGAGGUGCCGCUGGUGUGACCUCCCACAAAGGGUUCAACUAAACAACUAAUGACUGCGGUGGGUCACUGAGCAGCCUUCAUCUUUUAUCCAGCUAAAAGUUUUUACAUUUCCUUGGGAAAAUGAUUGAAGAGUUGGAUAAAUGCUUGGAAAUUCUAGGUUUGUACAUAACUUUUCUUGAUUUGAGUUUUACUUGGAGGAUAUUUCAUUCAAUGAGCGAGGAUCUUCCUGUAUCGGAAACAGCUUAGUUGUUGCGGGGGUGCAUGUGUACUACUUAGAUUCUCUAAUACACUAGUUUGAGGUUCCUGUGAUUCCCUAUGUUGGGAAGUUUUGUUUUGAUACAAUUUAUUCAUACAUGUUUUAUUGAAUUCCUUG